AUGAUCACCUGCUGUGCACUGCUCUCCUCACUGGUCGACGGCUUCUUGGUGGUGGAGGUCUUGGUGGUUCUGGUGGUUCUGGUGGGUCUGGUGGGUCUGGUGGGUCUGGUGGGUCUGGGGUGUGGUCUCUGUGGUCGGCCUGGAGCAGGUCUGGGAGGAGCUGGUCUCUGUUGGGAGCCGGAGCUCUGGGGUCUGUUGCUGGGGCGACGGCAGGUGGGGGCGGGGCCAGAGCAUAGGGGCGGAGUCAGGCUGUGGUUGAAGCGUGCGCUCGCCAUACACACGGCGGUGGUGCGGUCGCACACACACUGCAGCUUGUCACACGCCGUCACGCCCACACCUGAGGACACAGCUGCUCACCCGUGUCAGCUGCUGACCCGUGUUAGCUGCUCACCCGUGUCAGCUGCUCACCCGUGUCAGCUGCUCACCCGUGUCAGCUGCUCACCCGUGUCAGCUGCUGACCCGUGUCAGCUGCUCACCGUGUCAGCUGCUCACCCGUGUCAGCUGCUGACCCGUGUUAGCUGCUCACCCGUAUGCUCACCCGUGUCAGCUGCUCACCCGUGUCAGCUGCUCACCCGUGUCAGCUGCUCACCCGUGUCAGCUGCUCACCCGUGUCAGCUGCUCACCCGUGUCAGCUGCCAACCCGUGUCAGCUGCUCACCCGUGUCAGCUGCCAACCCGUGUCAGCUGCUCACCCGUGUCAGCUGCCAACCCGUGUCAGCUGCUCACCCGUGUCAGCUGCUCACCCGUGUCAGCUGCCGACCCGUGUCAGCUGCCGCCCGUGUCUGACUUAAAGCUGGGGGACCUAACUUUAAGUCUGUUUCUGUGGCAACACUGGUGGAAGAAGCAGCACCUGCAACAGACACCAUCAACACACACCAUCAACACAGACACUAUCACAGACACCAUCACAGACACCAUCACAGACACCAUCAACACAGACACACUCACAGACACCAUCACAGACACUAUCACAGACACCAUCACAGACACACUCACAGACACCAUCAACACUGACACCGACACCCUGAACUAUUGUUCUGACUGA